AUGGAUAACCUUCACUUGAGUGUCAUAGCUAUGGCCCUUUACUUUAAUCUUCCUGGAUCAGUGGGAAGCAAGUCACAGCAGAUUCUUCUUGAUACACUUCACCCUUCAGACUGCUGGUGGGAUGGGCAGUUCUUACUGAAUUGCUCUUUUGCUGGAAUAUCUACUAUCCCAGAAGAUAUACCACAAACAGCGGUAAUAGCUGAUCUCAGUUACAAUAAUAUUAAAACUUUCCUGUGCACUGAUGGAAGAAAUGAAGAGUGGAUGCUAAAACACCUGAAUCUCAGUCACAAUCUGAUUUCUGAACUCUCCUUAACUACUUGUAGAAACUUACUUGUUUUAGAAACUCUAAACCUCAACAGUAACGCCAUCGGCACUCUCACACUUGUCACAGCUACGCCUGCACACAGGAAAGCUGAUCGUCUCCUGCCUGCUUUGAAAGUAUUGUCAGUUGAAAGAAAUAAGCUUAAUACAGUUCCAAGAGGACUAGGCUGGCUGCAGUCUUUACAGACUGUCCAUAUGUCAUCUAAUGGCAUUCGACAGAUUGAUCUGAAUGACUUUCAGAACUGUUCACAGCUGAAGGACAUCAACUUGCAAAACAACAAGAUAACUAAAAUUCAUCCAGACGCCUUCAGGGAUCUCAAGAAAUUACAGGUUUUGGAUCUCCGUGAAAAUGCUCUGACAAGCCCUCUACCACAGAUAUUAAUCAGUUUGAACUUCUUUCAACUUGAAGUGGAUUUGUCAAAUAAUGCCUGGAUAUUUAAGUGCAGACUGAACGCUUUCAAACAUUUAUUUCACUUUCUUUUUGACUCUACAAGGAAAAAAUUGAGUAUUUCAUACAAUAGAUCUGCCAAAAACUCACAGAAACCUCUGCUGUACCUUUCAAGUUUCCAUUUAAACUGCAGCGGACACAUUUUGCUCAAGAGAGCUGUAAUCCCAACAGGGAAGACAUCGGUGCUAAACUGUGACUUGGACAACACAAGGGGUAAUGGAGUCUCUUGGUGGACACCCAAAGGCAGAAUUUCACAAGAUAAUGGUCUUCCUCAUAUUACAAUGGAUAAAAUGAGUAAUUUAGUGAUACACAAUGCUGAGAAAACUGCUGAAGGGUUAUAUUUGUGUAUUUCUAAUACAAAAAAGAAGAACUAUCUCAUUUACAAUAUACAGGUGAAAGAAAGAGUUUCAACAUUUUUGGUUAGAAAAGCCCGGGACACAAACCCUGUUUUUAAACAAGGAAGAACAGAGCAAGACCUUGCACUGGCUGUCUGCCUCUCGGUGCUCAUUACAUUUGUCUGCGCCUUUUGUCUGGGUGUUUUUGCUAGACCCUACCUUGUGAGCCUGUGGAGACUCAUGCACAGAAACAAAAAUUCAGGUUCAGAACAUACGUAUUCUAAUCAAGCUUUUUCAGAUGAAACCUUGAGCGGCGAGUGCUCUGCAAGCAAACCAACAAAUAGGCAGCGUAAUUUGUUCAUUUGUGAUGAGAAUUCCUCAAGCAACGCGUGCCUUUUUCCCCCAGAAACUUCUGUUUUGCAAGAAAAUGUCAUUGGUAGCAGUGUACACGCACCAAAUACGGAAGAGCAGUACCAGAAACAAAGCAAGAAUGAGACCGAUGUCAAGAAAACCCCACUGUUUUCAGACAUCAAAACUAUCAGCAAUGAUGAAAAUACAAAUGUUGACAAUAAUGGACUCUUUUACCAGAACAGCAAUGAAGUAAUGCCAAGAAUAUUAACGAGUAAUGACAUAUUGUUACAGAAAGAUUCAAAAUACACAAAUAAUGAAGACUCAAAGAGCAGGUUCCCUCCCCUACCCAGAAGACUGAAUGCUGACUCUAACUCAAAUCACACUGACUCCUCAGAGUUGGGUUUAUCCUUCAUGGGAGAAACUCGCUUUCCAUUUUCCACAAUACACACACAUGGAGACACUCCUGAAAGAAAAGGUAUUACUUCACAUAAUGAACCCGUAAACACUACAAAAUUUAUGUCUGGAAGACAAAGCCAUGAUGAACAACUUGGUCUGAACAGCAACAUACACAGUGAUGUGGGAGAUUUUAUUUUACCCAGUAGGUGCAGGAGAAAUACAAAUACUGAGAUUUUAAGUGUCUGCCAAACAAUAAAAAGCUCUCCUCUUACAGAGUACAACUAUAAAACAGAAUGUACAAAUGAGAAAGAUGCUUCAGACAAUAGUUCUUCAGAUGAAGGGACUCCAUUUACAAUGAGUGACUGUAGUUCUUUAGCAGACUCUGAACCGGAACAACCUGAUGUUAGUGACAACCUGCCAGUCUACCAGGUGGAAGAAGCCAAGAGGAACAGCGGAACUGAGAAGUCCUCAGCAUUGCUAGAGUCUCCAAACAUUGCUCUUGAACUUCGGCAUAUUGGGAAAAAUGGAGACAAGAACAAUGUGUAUUCUGAAACCAGGACUGAUUAUGGAUUAGAUACCAUCACACCUGCAACAACAUCACAUUACACUGAUAAAUGUAGUGACCAGGUAAGCAUGUCCAAUUCAGACCCCGUUAGUUCUUCAAAUCAAGAAGUUCCUGAUACAUUUCACUAUUUUACUAAUGCAGAGUCAACAGUACAAACCUCUAUUUCUGAUUCUCUCCACAACCAAAGUACAGAUUUUGUUAGCAUUUUACUUUCAUUAAAACAUUCUCCCACAUAUGACACAGAUAGAGAGGACACUCCUGAAGAGGCUGAAUCGCAGCAGUAUCGGUUUCCCACUGAACCUCAGCAUUCCCUCAGCUUCUGUCCCACUGAACAUGUACUAGAAAAUGUACUAGAGGGAAGAACGGACGAGUACACAGAUAGGAACUCCUCUGAAAAGAAUCAUGGUGAGGGGGACAUUAUAUUAGGAACAGACACAAGUACAUCUGAGGAUAGUGAUUUUAUUUUUGCUCCCAUUGAUACUGAUUUGAAUGAAAUUGUUCAAAAAUCAUCACUACUGCAUUCCAGUAGCAAGUCAUCACUUCUGUCUCUGCCUGAACACACAAGUGAAAAACCUUUUACAGUUAGUACAGAGAAAGAUGACUUGCUACCACAGGGGAAGCAGGUGAACACAACUAAGACUUAUGCAGAUAUAAUGCAAAGAGGUUUUAAUGAGAAAAACUAUGACACACACACAGAAUUACAGGAUCCCAGCAACUGUAGCCUACCCAAAGAAAUGCAGUCUUGCAAUCUUACAGCAGAUCUGCUGCAUCUUCACUCUUCUGCAAAAACACAACCAGUCUUCAACACAGAACAUCAUUUGCACCUGGAUCAGAGUGAUGAGGAUACAUAUUCCUUCUCAGUCCCACAAGGCUUCUUCAGUGAAAACACACAAUACAGUUCCUGUUCAUUCCCACAAAAGACUACAGGAAAUAUCUCUGAAAGCACUGAUUCCAGGCAGACAGAGGAUGACAGUACUUUGACAGGACUGGAGAUAAAUUCUACAACGGCCAGCAACCUCCAAAAUUUGAGUGAAAAACUCAGUCAAAAAAGUCAGACCAAUUUAGGACAGGGACAAUUUUUUGUUAAGAAGAAAAGAGCAUUUGAUGGAUUUGCUAAUGUUUUGCAAAGCAGGAAAACAAACUUCAAUAGUUCAGACACAGAAGUGUAA